UUGGUGGCGGGAAAACUGGGUCGAGGCCGGAGGGGCUUCUAGGGUCGCUGCAGUAGUUCAGUCUCCUCUUCUCCUUUAGGUCUUCCUCACCUCAGAAGAUUUCAAUAUUUAUUAUUGUGGAAGAAGGUAAUUCAUCUGAGACUGAGGAGCAGCAACUUGAGUUAUCAGAAAGUGACUUUCUGGCUUUCCCUUUGUCGAUCAGAGGCAAAGAAAGUGUCAUUUCUGAGCUGAAUGAUGACAACAUUGCAGAAUAAAGAAUGUGGAAAUGGACCAAAGAAAACCUUUGCCCCACCUGCACAAAAAUUGUAUUGCCUGAUUCCAUGUAGCUCUAACUCGCCCAAGAAGGAAACCCUGGGAAUCGGUUCCUCACAGGCGGAAAAAUCAAGUCUUACCAAUGAAGAAUUUGAAGAGAUUGUCCAGAUUGUCCUACGGAAGUCACUCCAGGAGUGUGUGGCAUGUACCCAAUCAGACAAGGAACCAGGAAUUGCUCCUUUUGCUACUGAUAAUGAUACUGAUGGAGAGAGGAUAGUGGUACCUCACACUCAAGGGAUUUCAGCCUCUCGGGAAGAUGAAAUUGUCCCAGAGAUAAAGACAUGUAAGCUAAGCCAACCAGAUCCUGCACCCUCCGAGAAGAAAUUCAAUAGACUCUCCUUAAGCAAAAGAAAGAAGGAAGCUCGAGAUGAGAAAGUGGAGAAAGUCCAAGGUGGACAUGAGCACAGACAGAAAGACCAACCAAAGAAAAUGGUUCAGGACCAUUCUCAGUUCAGGGGCCAGCAAAAAGAAGGGAGAAAUGGUUUUGAUCAGUGCCUAGUCUGGGUCCAGUGUUCCUUCCCAAACUGUGAGAAAUGGAGGCGGUUACGUGGGAACAUUGAUCCCUCAGUUCUCCCAGAUAAUUGGUCCUGUGACCAGAAUACAGAUUUAGAGUAUAAUCAUUGUGAUAUUCCUGAGGAGACCUGGACAGGGUGUGAGAACGAUGUGGCCUAUGCCUCCUACGUCCCAGGAUCAAUCAUCUGGGCCAAGCAAUAUGGUUAUCCCUGGUGGCCAGGCAUGAUAGAAUCUGACCCUGACCUGGGGGAAUAUUUUCUUUUUGCUUCUCAUCUUGAUUCCCUGCCGUCUAAGUACCACGUGACAUUUUUUGGAGAAACAGUUUCUCGUGCUUGGAUCCCAGUCAACAUGCUAAAGAACUUCCAGGAGCUGUCCUUGGAGCAAGCAGGAGUGAAAAAGGGCAGGAAGAAGGACUGCAGCCAGAAACUGGGUGCAGCCCUAAUGAUGGCUCAAGAGGCAGAACAGAUCAGCAUUCAGGAGCGGGUUAACGUGUUUGGUUUUCAGAGCCGAUACAAUGGAUCUGACAGUGGAGAAGAAAGAGAUGUAAUGCUUUCUGGGGCUAACAGCCCAGAUUCCUGCCUGGAGGAAGAGGAGGAGGAGGAGGAGGAAGAGAAAAAAGACCCAACUUUGUCCAGUCCUAAGCCAGCCAAAAUACAGACAAAAAACCCCAAGCCAAGAGGAAUGGCAGAUGGACAAGAUGGGACCCUCCAAAGGAAGAUAAUGAAGAGAUCUCUGGGAGACAAAUCCACAGCUCCUUCCUCACUCUUAAUGGGAAAGAAAGAAGGCCAGAAGAAUUCAGAUUCUGACCAGCCAGGCCCUAAGAAAAAAUUUAAAGCCCCGCAAAGCAAGGCCUCAGCAACCAGCUUUCCUGAGGAAAAAGAAGCUAGAAUGGUGCUGAAGGGCCUGAGCCCACCAGCUUGUGGUGGGGCCCGUGCUUCGGUAGGGAAAGAAGAGCCCAGACCCCAGGAGCCACUGCCUCAGGAGGCUGGAAGUGCCCCCCCUGAAGACGAAGCUUCCAGUGAGCUGGACCUGGAGCAACUCAUGGAAGAUACUGGAGAAGGGCUGGAGCAGAGAGAGGAGCCGCAGCCCAGAGACGAUGGCGAGGACUUCACCAUGCCCUUCCUUGAGGAAUAGUCGUGUGCUCUCGGCCCCUUCCUGAUCUCACUCCUCUUGUCUGAGGAACAGGAGGGAGGGCCUCUCAGUGGGAUCCUUGAGAAGUUGAUGAGUAUCGGGGCUGUUAAUUGGCUCCAAGGUUCACGUUAGAGUUGUGCAGAUUAUGUGUUAAUAAAGCAGCUUACUGGUUCUAUG